AUGUCAAAAGUAGUAGUAAAAUUCUAUUUGAAUAAACAAUGUAUUUCAACUAAACCAAUGAAUUCACAAGACAAUUUAAAAACAGCAAGAGAGAAAUUAAAAGAAAAGAUGUCUGGUUCUCAACAAUUCCUAACAAAAGAAGGAGAUUUAAUUGAUAUAAAUGAUGAAGAUUCAUUUACUAUAGAAGAUGUAAUUGAUUCAUCAAGAAUAAUAAAUAUCAAAGAAACAGCAGAUAAAAAGGAAUUAAAAAUAAAAUUAAAUGACAAAUUAUUUAAAACUAUUGAAUUGGAUAAGAAAACAAAAUUAAGUGAUAUCAGGAAAUCAAUUCAAAAUAUUCCAGAAUCUGCACAUUUCUAUACACUUGAUAACGAAAUAAUUGAAAAGGAUGAAGAAGAUGUGUUUUUAGUAGAAGACAUAUUAAAUAAUGACGAAAUUAUUAUUAAAAAAGAGAAAGAAAAUGCACCAGAAAAUGAUAUUGUAACUGUUAGAAUAUAUUUAAAUGGAAAACCAUUAAUAAAAAAUGAAUUCAACAAGAACUCUUCUCUUUCAGAUAUAAGAAAGGAAAUUGAAAAUAUAAAAAAUAUUCCAAAAGACUUUGUAUUUGAAGACCAAGAAGGAUUUAAAAUACAAAAAGGUGAAGAACAGUCAUUAAAAUUAACAUCUGUUCUGUAUGAUAACAAGAUCAAUAUAACAACAGAAAUGUUUGAUACUUCAUCAAAUAAUACAACAUCUGUUGGUUCACCAUGUAAUACUACAGAUUUAUCUGAACCAAAUGUUCCAAUUGAAGGAAGUAUAAGAUUGGAAAAUCAUGAAACAGGAAAAUUGAAAAUAUAUUUAUAUCCAAAUGAAGAAUUUAAUCAAGUAGAUGAGAGUGAUGCAAUUGCUAUUUUGGUUGUUGGACAAACAGGAAGUGGUAAAACAACAUUAUUAAAUAGUUUUAUAAAUGCAUUAUAUGGAAUCAAGAUAACAGAUGAUUUUAGAUAUAUAAUUAUAAAUGAAGGUAAUUUAGAACAGAAUAGAGAUCAAUCUAAAAGUCAAACAAGUGAAGUAACAAUUUAUAAUAUUAAAAGAACAAAAAAAGCACCACCAAUAAAAAUAAUAGAUACACCUGGAUUUGGAGAUACAAGAGGAAUGGAGUAUGACAAAGUAAUUACUAAACAAAUCAAAGAAGCAUUUGAAACAAAAGUAUCAGAUUUAAAUGCUAUUUGUUUUGUUGCACAAUCAAGUAAUGCAAGACUAACAGCAAACCAAAAAUAUAUAUUUGGGAAUAUUAUUGAUUUAUUUGGUAAUGAUGUGAAAAAGAAUUUUAUUGCUAUGCUUACAUUCUGUGAUGGUAAAACACCACAAGUUAUUAAUGCAUUACAAUCAAAAGAAUGUAUUUUCAGUACAAUUAUUCCAUAUAUAGAUGAACCAUGGUAUUUAAAAUUUAAUAAUUCAGCUAUUUAUGAUGAUAAUACUGAAGAUGGAUUUACACAAAUGUUUUGGCAGUUAGGUAUGAAGAACUUUGAUGACUUUAUUGAAAAAUUAAUAAAAUUACCAAGAAAAUCAUUAGAAAAGUCGAGAGAAGUUUUGAAGAGUAGAGAACGUAUCAAAGUGCAAAUUGAAGGAUUGAGUAAAUCAUUAAAUAAUGGCUUAUCAAAACUGAGUGAAAUAAAACAGACAUAUGAAGUAUUUUAUUUGAAUCGAGAUAAGAUUAAUAAUAAUCAAAAUUUUACUUUUACUGUAACAAAAAGAGAUCAAGUUCAGAUUAAAUUAAAACCAGGAGAAUAUGUAACUAAUUGUUUGAGAUGUAAGAACACAUCAUGUCAUUAUCCAUGUUUUAUUCCAGGAGAUGUAAAAGAUGGAUGUUAUUGUAUUGGUGCUAAUGGAUAUUGUAAUGUAUGUGGUUGUUAUUAUACACACCACGCAAACUCAAAAUACAGAUGGGACUAUAAAGAAGAAACAGAAACAAAAACAGCACAAGAAGUACUUGCAAGAUAUAAAGAAGGUGUAGAAGGUAAGGCUAGUGCAGAAAAUAUGUUAAAAAAGUUAGAAGAAGAAUACUAUGAAAUUCAAAUGGAUUGUUAUGAUAAAGAAGUAGAAAUUAUAGAAUGUAUUAAUAGAUUAUCAUCAAUUGCAUUAAAUGAUAAAAUUACCAGUUCCAAUGAAUAUUUAGAUUUAUUAAUUGAGUCAGAAAAUGAUGAAAAGAAACCUGGAUAUAAAGAAAGAGUUGAAGGAUAUAAAAAACUAAAAAAAGCAAAUGAAACAAUAGAAGAUAUUAUGAAAAAAUCAGGUUCAAAAAAGAGUAAGGAAGAAAUUAAGAAAGAACUUGAAAGAAAAAAGGAAGAUUUAGUACAAGGACAAAAAUCAACAUUAGAUAAAAAUUGUGAGAGCUGUGUUAUUUGUUGA